UUCACAAUUCACCUCAAAUCAGUUGAAAAAAUAUUUUCAAACCCUUCACAUCGCUCGGUAGAAUUGCAAAUCCAUCCAGGCAUAAAAAAAAAUGUCAGACAGUGAAAAAUUGCGGACUUACGUGGCAUAUAGAGAACAUCUCAGAUGGCUGCUGGACUUUGCAGGUUUAUGGCCUUCGGAAAAUUCAAGCUUGGCAUAUCGUAUGCUCCCGUACUUGCAAAUUUUCGUUGGUUGCGGUGCAGCUCUGAAAAUUGGAAAUUUUAUCGCACAUCAUAUAACGAGCAUUAGAAUCGUAACAAGGGCCAUGAGUAUCAUGACGAGCAUUGUCUUAAACAUGUUUCGAGUUGUGUGCCUCGCAAGGAAUCGUGAACCCUUGAUAAAAGCCCGGAAAAUUCUGGACAAUUAUUUCGACGAGCUUUUGGCUCAUGAAAAAAUCAGAGACGUUGUCUUGCACGAUGUCAAACUUUUUCGUCGGCUCAGUUUGUUCUACACAGUAUUAACAUUUUUCGCUCUGUUUGGAUACGUAUUGACUCCCCUGAUCAUCAUCAUCAACCAACAUAUACGUCACAUUCAACCAGUCAAGUACCCCCUCAUUCUGCUGGGAAUGUACCCCUGGAACGUACCUGACAAUAUACUCAUCUAUUCAAUUCAUUACGUUUUCGAGGCCUUCGCUCUAUUCACUGUAUUUUACGUGAGUUCCGGGACAGAUGCAUUUCUUCCAUUGCUUGUUUUUCAAGUCAAAGGAAAGCUUCGAGCAAUGGCACAUCGCCUGACACAGCUUGAUGAAAAAGACAGCAUUGAUGAUGACAUUAAUCAAUGCAUUCGAGAUUACACAGCAUUGAUGGAAUGUCGAGAUAUAUUGGAGAAAACUUUUGGACCGAUAAUAUUACUUUUGAUGAGCAACAACGCAAUCAUAUUAUGUGCUCUUAUUUUCCAGUUCACCCAGAUGAAGGCCAUAACAAUUGUUCAAAUCAUACAGUUUGCAGCGUACAUUUGUGGAAAGACAACCCAAACAUUUUUGUACAGUUGGUCAGGUACUCUACUCACAUCAAAGAGUGACGAGUAUCUGAAUGCUGUUUAUGCAUCGAAUUGGUAUGGAAAUCGUAGAGGAAUGAAAUCUGUGUUGAUCACCCUGAAUCAAAGGCCAUUGACAAUGACAGCUUGGCAUAUGUCGGUGGUGUCAGUUGAUAUGUUCGUUAUGGUUCUCAAUACAACAAUGUCAUACUUCCUGUUAUUACAAACGAUCGAACAAGGCUGAUUUACGGGAGACAGUCUGUCUGUAGUUUUUUGAAGAAAUAAUAGUUCUGAACAUAAUUACAAGGGGAAAUUAUUACAUACGGUUACCCCUAUUUUCACUACUCCUGUAACAAUAACCGCUACCAUAUAAAAUAUUUUAAAAUAUUACAACAACAAAACAUUAC